AUGUCGCCAACAGAUUCUCCUGAAAUGAAUUUUCGAGAUGACAGUGAAAACAAUAUUCAAAUCCCAAAUGGUAUUGUUCUUAGAGAUAAUCUUACUAACGUUAAUAUACCGCCUGACACUUCUACCGGGUAUGGAACUUACCUCAUAUCAUGGAUUGCCAGCUACACAUUGCUUCGAAACAAUGUCGAGAUAUUUGCUUUAAGAAACCAACAACAACAAUCAAUUGAGGGACCUAAUGAGUUCGAAUACAAUACGAUUGAAGUAUAA